CCAGUACUACUUCCACUUCAACACACAAAAAAAGACAAGUCAGCCGCUCGGGCUCGACUGUCAAAAAAAAGUGUUACGAAUUUGUUGGUGAUUCGUAAUCGCAAGUUAGUUUUCUUUAUCGUCAUCGUCGCUAUAAAUUUAAUUUCUGUUUUGUUAAUUUCAUUUAAUAUUAAUUCAUUCAUAUCUUGCCGUCUAAUAAAUAUUUCAAUGUGAUUUUCUUUUAUCGAUGAGUAAAAGUAUUUUCAAUCCUAUUCGCGAACGCGACACCAAUCAAAGUCCCUUUCUAGAAAAAUGCUUCUACAAAGAAUAAAAAUUAAUUUGCAUAUAAAUUUGUAGAUAAAAAAAAGAAUACAAAUUCCGGAAUUCCUUUGCGUGAGUUUCCUCGCUCGCGAUUUCGGUUUCUUUGCCAAUUUCCACAAAAGAAAGAAGCAUUUCAAUUUCCUUUCCGAUUUAUUCGUCUAUAAUUUAUUAUCCUUUUGUGCGUUUCAAAAUAUAAUAAGUUUUGUUUAUAUUCUAUUUUCUCAAAUUGAGUUGUGUAAAGAAAUAAAUAAAAAUAAGUGAUUUGCAAAAUUUCGCAUUUCAAUUAAAAAUCAUCGACGAAAAUGGAUACAUCAACUAACAUGCAGUCACAAACUGCAGCCACUUCACCCUCUUCACCAGGAGCAGGAAAUUAUAAUGGUACAGCUCCACCAGGCCAAGACGAUAGUUCCCAAAAGAUGGAUGCGCCUCAAGAGGAUUCAAAGUUCAAAGACUCUGAAGAAGAUGCUCGAUUAAAUGUUGACAUAAAUAUGCUCACAAUUGAAGAUUCAACUCUAGAAAAAGUUCCAAUUCAUCUGGAAAAUCUAUUACGUUCAUUGGAUGUUGAAAAAUCUACACCUGCUGAUUUGCUGUUUGCCAUCAUCUACGGUGUUGCCUUAGAAUGUUCCUUUGGGGCUGUGAAUGAAGUCCAGAAAUUAUCAGAUCAUCCCAUCCUUACAAGCGUAUCAAUUCAGGAACCAUUCCAAAGUAAAUGUGUGGCAUUAUUGUCGACGACCAUGCCAUCAGGAAUUUAUGAUGCCAAUAGUAUGUCCUACAAUCUACGGAUGCAACUUUACUUUGAUCAAACUGAAACACACAAUUUACUGAUGACCGGUGUUGUUACUGGCGAUUUACUCAUACUCACUCUGACUCCAGAUUGCAGAAAUGGAGAUGGUGCAGCUGUAGGCAAGAGCAUUUGCCUUUCAAUUGGUCGUUAUGUCCUCAAUGCCAAAGGACGACCAUUUCCAAGUCGAUUCAGAAAACUACCAGAGCUCUCGUAUAAACUACGCGAACAAGUAUUGGGUCCAGUUCGAAAGCAAUUGAUACAGCGUGAUGGCUUUGUUAUUCUUUAUCCAUGCCUUGAGGGUUUGCCAGAGGAAUUGUAUCCAUAUUUGUAUGUUUAUUUGAAUCGAAAUAGUUUAAAUAAAUUGGCAAAUGUUUCUAAAAGACUGUUAGGCACUGUUUCAUAUUACAAUGUUCAUAGAAAGGGUUUAUUAAAUAGAAAAAAAUAAGAGUUAAAAACUGCAUUUUAUAUUAAAUUAUGAUCGUAAUGGUUAAAUAAAUAUGAGAAGAAAUAUUUUUGGUACAUGGAA